CGCUUCGAGGUUUGCUGCGGUGAGCGCCAGUGAAUUUGUCCCCAAAACUGUGGCGGGCCACUGUGUCUUUCCUGGCCCCCCAUGUCUUGGCGCAAACUAAAAGUUGACACCGUUACCUUUGCGAGCUUCUCCCUUCUGACAACCGCGCCUCUGCUGUUGCUGCAAUAAAAAGCCACGGCUGCCCGCAGACAAAGCCUACUACACUCCACAACCUCGCCCUCUUCUUGCAACCUCCAAUUGCAGCGGACCAACUCCCAGUCCUACCUGCAACUUCAUUCCUCUCGCUAUACCUCUGUUCCCUCUCAUCAUGCGUUACCUCCACCUUUGCGGCCUUUUGGCCUCCUUGGCAUUGGCUUCCGAUGUCACCCAGCUCAAGAAGGAUGACUUCAAGGGCUUCAUGGAGGAGCACGAUCUCGUCCUCGCAGAGUUCUUCGCUCCGUGGUGUGGUCACUGCAAGGCUCUGGCCCCCGAGUACGAGUCCGCGGCUACGACCCUGAAGGAGAAGGACAUUCCCCUCAUCAAGGUCGACUGCACAGAGGAGCAGGACCUCUGCCAGGAGUAUGGUGUCGAGGGUUACCCCACCCUCAAGGUCUUCCGUGGCCUCGAUAACAUCUCUCCCUAUACCGGUCAGCGGAAAGCGGAUGCGAUCGUCUCGUAUAUGACGAAGCAGGCCCUUCCCGCUGUGUCGGAUAUCACCAAGGGCACCAUCGAGGAGUUCAAGACCGCCGAUAAGGUUGUCUUGAUCGGUUACUUUGCCGCGGAUGACAAGGCCUCCAACGAGACCUUUACCAAGGUCGCCGAGGGCCUCCGCGACAGCUACCUUUUCGGAGCCACCAACGACGCCGCUCUUGCCGAGGCUGAGGGCGUUAAGCAGCCCGGUCUCGUCCUUUACAAGUCCUUUGAUGAGGGCAAGGAUAUUUUCACCGAGAAGUUUGACAAGGAGGCGAUUGAGAACUUCGCCAAGGUCGCCUCCACUCCUCUCGUUGGUGAAGUUGGUCCCGAGACUUACUCUGGAUAUAUGGCUUCCGGCCUUCCCCUUGCCUACAUCUUCGCCGAGACCCAGGAGGAGCGCGAUGAGCUCGCUAAGGAGCUGAAGCCCCUCGCUCAAAAGCACAAGGGUGUCAUCAACUUCGCGACCAUCGACGCAAAGGCCUUCGGACAGCACGGCGGUAACCUCAACCUCGAGGUCGGCAAGUGGCCCGCCUUCGCCAUCCAGCGCACCGACAAGAACCAGAAGUUCCCCUAUGACCAGGAGAAGAAGAUCACCGAGAAGGACAUCGGUCAGUUUGUCGAAGAUUUCAUCGCCGGCAAGAUUGAGCCCAGCAUCAAGUCUGAGCCCAUCCCCGAGACUCAGGAGGGACCUGUGACUGUCGUUGUCGCCAAGAACUACGACGAGCUCGUCAUCAACAACGACAAGGACGUUCUUCUGGAGUUCUACGCCCCCUGGUGCGGACACUGCAAGGCUCUGGCUCCCAAGUACGAGGAGCUCGCCGCUCUUUACGCUUCUGAGGAGCUUUCUUCCAAGGUGACCAUCGCCAAGGUCGAUGCCACCGCCAACGACGUACCCGACGAGAUCCAAGGUUUCCCCACCAUCAAGCUUUUCCCCGCCGGCAAGAAGGACUCUCCAGUCGACUACUCUGGCUCCCGCACUGUUGAGGAUUUCAUCCAAUUCAUCAAGGAGAACGGUUCCCACAAGGUCGAGGCCGUUCUUCCCGCCAAGGAGCCUGAGGUCGCUGAGGAGGCCGAGGAGAAGUCUGAGGAGGCUGCUACCGACAAGGUCGCUGAGAAGGCCGAGGAGGUGACUGAGUCCGUCAAGUCGGCUGCUUCCGAGGCCACCGAAGCUGUGAAGAGCGCGGCUGCUGGUGACGACCACGACGAGUUGUAAGAUAUCCACAAAAUAUGAUUUUUGUCGCGUUUUUAUGUCCUCAUCUUUGCAACAUCCACUCGUGGUCAACAAGACGAGUAUUGGUUACGUCUGAGCUUGGAAAAGAGCUUGGAGGGAUACAUGGUUAGUGGAUGUGUGCAUUUGGAUUUUUGGCAAGGACAAGCUUAUACGGGUAGCUUGGUGGCGUUAGAGGAGUUUAAUGAAAUCAUUUUCACUCCAAUGUGUCUUGGAUGGUUCUACUUUGUGAUGUGGAGAGUUAGCGGUAACCAUACUGCCAUACUAAGGCACCAUACCACUUAGUCGGAUAGCCCUGAUGAUCCAACGGGAGUCGAAUCUCCUUUCAUUGACUUAGUAU